UGAGUAAUAAUUCCAAUAAUUAACCUUGUAAGUGUUUUGAACUAACUGAUUUCAUUUGAUUUUCUUCACCAUCAUCAUCUUUUUCUUCUUCUUCUCUUCCAUUUUUCCAACAUCGUCAUCACCAUGAAUCGUUAAUUAUCAGCCCCUGGAGCAAUUAGAAUGGCUCAUUGGUAAAUUGGAACAUCAUUCUUUUUGUUUUUGCUCAAACAAUUUGUUCCCAUUUGAGUUUAAUUCUGUAAUUGUCACAAUCGUCAGUGUCCAAGGCAAUUAUGUUCCUGUUCCUGUCAACCUUUGGUAAUCUCUGGUUAGGGAUUACAAGGAGCCUUUUGUUAACCCUUUACUUGUUUACUUUUAUUAAUUGUUGUUACUCUUGGUCAUUACCUGGUAAUAUAAGUUCAUCAACUCAUUCAUUGAACAGAACAAUUGAUUUCAAUAGGAAACAAGCGAUUCUCACAAGGUCUGGAUUCACUCAAAUUUUGUAUAAUUACAUUGAUUCCGAUGUUGAUCAAUUGCACAUCAAUCAAGUCACCUCUAAAUGUAUCGACAGUUUAAUCAAUUUAAAUCGAUCUCUUGAAAAUGGUAGUCCAUGGGCUUUCAAAAUGUUGGAUGCUUCCGGUCGAGCUCCUAUUGAUUUAACUGGUUUUGGUUAUGUUGAUAUGGGAAAUUUUGACCAAUGUUUACAAAUCGACUGGAUUAAUUUCUCGGGAUAUAAAGAGGUUGGUCAACAUUGUCUCACCUCAGUUGUUCCUAAUCCCCCUAAUCCUGGAACCGCCGCGGAUUUGUUUACAUCUAGUAAGAUAUUGUUGGAUUAUGAUGAAGGAUAUUCACUGAGAAUAGGAUUUUGUAUACCCUCAAGUUGCUCUCAAACUGAUCUGAAGAUCAUCUUAAACAAAGCUUUGGAACCAUAUUCAUGGAGUGUAUUAAGAGUUGAUACUUGUCAGAUCUCUAAAUCGUUCAGUGAAAAGUUCUGGGCUGCUCCGUCUUCCCAAAAGAUCAGCUUCCUCUUGUUAAGUGCAUUUGUCUCCCUUGUUGCCUAUGCAACAUGGAAGGACAUCUCAACCCAUGGUCACCAUGAUAACAACUCUGAGAAAAAGAGUAAACAACAAUCAAUUGAUAACAGUGAUACCAAUCAAUGGAUUCAUAGUUUCUCAAUUGUAAAUAAUUGGAAAAAACUGAUAGAACCGGAUAAGGAAAUGAUUAAAUGUCCAACAUUAUCAAAAUUCACUUUAACUCAACAUUUUGUUGUUUUACAUUUUCACGCAGUCGUUUGGCCAAUGAUGACCAAUGCCGUUACCCUUUAUGCCAUUGGUAAUCCGUUUGUCCGAUACAGAGACAGUCAACUGAUUCGAAAUUUAUUCGGUGAAUGGUUCAUGGAUGGUCUUUUUGCUUAUGCCGGAUUCAACAAAUCAUUGGAACUUUGGAAAAAAAUUACACCUAAAACACCAAUUUGGCGUAUCUUCAGUAUCAUCUUCUGGAAGAUGUUAAUACUCAAUUCACUUUUCUGUAUAAUGAUCAUGGCGGAAAUAGUUACACCAUUGUUUUCCUAUGGACCUUUUGCCUCAUUGAUUGCUGAAAGAAAAGCUGAAGUUUGUUCUAGAACAUAUCUAGCGAAUCUCCUCUUCUACCAAAAUUAUCUUGGUAAUAUAGAUAAAGUUUGUAAUGCUCAUUCAUGGUCAGUCGCAGCUGAAUAUCAACUUAUUUUCUUUCUCGCUGGUUUGGUUUGGCUUUUCAAACGAUCACCUAGACUUGCAUUAACUUUGAACAUGAUGGUUUGUUUUGGUGGGUUAGCUUACGUUGCUCGAGUAUUUUACAUGAAUGAUUUGUCUCCUCAUCCACUUGCCCGAGGCUUUCAUCCAAGUAUUUUAGCAAAAUGGGCUGAAUUGGUAUAUUUACCAUCAGAAAUGCACCUAUGGCUUUAUCUCAGUACACCCAUGAUUGUAUAUGUCAUCAUGAAUCCAUCUUUAUUCAAAUUUACAAAGUUUUUCGACGACAAUUCAUCAAAAGUAAAACGUAGCCUUUACUUUUAUGGAAUUGCAAUGAUAUUUUAUCCAUAUAUAUGGUCAUCAUCCUUAAGCUCAUAUGAGUCUCGAUUAUUUGCUUCGAUUUAUGUUGUUAUUUACCGUUUGCUCACUGGACUUUUCUAUUUUGUUCUGGUUCUCGGUCAUGCAGAUGAAUUCCGACAAUAUUUUGGAACAGAAUCUUCCAAAUCAUCCGAGAUAACUAAUAAUAAUAACAAUAACAAUUCAACUCCAUGUAAUGAAGAUACUCUCCAUUCUAAUGGUAUCAUCAAAUCAACUGAAACUACACAAAAGGUUAAUCAAUCGCAACCAACCAAUAAUUGUGAAAAAUACAAACUAGAACCAAGUCAAUAUAAAAUAAUUCACAUUGCAACAGUUAUAUUCAAAUCGACGUAUUGUAUUCAUAUUCCUGUUUUGAUCUGGUACUACAGUCAACACAAAUGGCCAGUUCUAACAACUCAAGAAUGGAUUUGUCACUUAUUCUUAACGGUUUUCCUUUCUAUUGCAAGUGGAUUUGUCUUUUAUUUAUUCAUCUUGGGACCAUUCAACAAUUUAGUCGACUUAAUUAAACCAAAACAGAGGAUGAACAAUGAACGACUCAAGAAGGAAUAAUCUUGCUUGACGAUUAACAAUUAGAUCAAAUAAUAUUAAUGUUCAACAUAAACGGGCCACUAAAGUGUUCAGUUGGCAAACUCAACAAGAUUUACCUGUUGAUUUCAUAUUGAUAAGAUUUCAUCCACCUCAAGACUCAUUUUAAUUCCCGACUUUUCAUCUGUGUUUAUAAAAAUCUCAAUUAAUCAGUUAUACAAUUUAUCUAUGCAUUUGAAAUGAUUUAUACAUCUAAAUCAAAUUGUGUCUAUUUAAAUAAUAAUCAUUUCUUUGGACUGUUAAUUAUCUUGUAACCUUUUUUAAAGUACAAAAUUCAAAGCAAUCAAAAAACACAAGAUAUUAAAUUUUUAUACAAAUUUUAUUCAAACAAAUUGUUUCAUUGUUGAGAUUGAUUUCAUUUCAUGUGAUAAAUUGAUGAUAGUUAUGACAUUAAUCAAUCAAAUUAUUAGAUAAUUUUGUUGAUUUGUAAAAGGAUCAUUAAGUUUGAUUGAUUGAACAAUCGAAUGACAAAGGAUAAUUGUCACUAGUUAAUUGUUGCCCGGGCAAAAUAAUUGUUUCUAAUUGCACCUGAUUGAAAAGUUUCAGUUCUAUUAGAUCCUAGAGUUUAAGUCAACUACUAAUAUAAAUAGUCCUUAGAGUUAAUUGUUAAAUUAUCAAUACCUUUUGCUUUGAUUAACUUCACCGAGUCGUUAAUAUUAUUGAAAAUGUAUUCAUUGUUUGUGAUUACUUUAAUUGUUUCAACACAGUUAUUAUUUGGUGGGGCCAUACAAACAGAAUAUCAAAAAGACGGAAUCAGACAUUCAUAUACCGUUGAAUUGAGGACUGGACCCAUGGAAAAAGACCCUGUACCAGUGUCACUUAGUUUGGUUUUGUUGAAAGAAAUUCCCAAUUUAGGACAAUCAGGAGACUUUGCUCAAUUAUCAUCAUCAUUCCAGUUUAAGGCCAAUACCAAGUAUCAAUUCGAUUUCGAAUCUGAUAUGCCUUUUAAUCAAAUUGAUCUUUUUUCAAUCGAAUGGGUCAUUUUGGCUGAUGCCGAAGAAGGAAAUGAUUCAGUUGUCUUCGAAACUGGAAAAAUCACUGAAACUACACCUUCAAUGAAACCUUCACGUAAGCUAUUCUGUACAAACAAAGAGUACGAAUCUUUCGUAAUGGGUGGAAUGGGUUCUGCAAUUUUCUGGCCAUGUUAAAUUGCUCCUCUAAGGAUCUUUAAUUGUGCUCACAAUUAACUCGAAAAUGUUUCAAUAAAUAAAAUUUAAAUCUGCAAAUUGAA